AUGGAGGUGCCUUGUGAAGAUUAUGAUAUAAGUAUAAUGAUUCGAGCUGUGAGCGAAGUCAAGGAGUUGCUGACUUCGAGACAGUUUUCUACAUAUUCUGAACUUGAUAAGGAAAUAACAAAAACACUACAGAGUUAUGAAUCACUUGGUGAUGGAUUUGAACGUUUUCGUGUGCAUUUAACUAAGGAUGCGGCAAAUAGUCAUGAUUUAAAGCGCAGUUUAACUGAAAUGAAUGCGCGGUGUGAAGCGAGGGAAAAAGAUUUUAAGCGUAGUCAAAAAGAUCAAAUUAAUGAUAUGUUACCUUUUGUGGGAAGUACAUCUCGUAUUUUGGUUCACGGAUGUGGAGGUUUGUUAGCUCUUGCUAUUGCGUGCGCAGUUCAAGAGCGGAAAGGUGUUCAUUUUUACAUUUGUGAGGGACGUCCUGUGACUUCAAAGUAUCCUAAAGGUACUGGAGCAGCUCUACUAAAAAAGGCAGCUGAAACCCCGGAAGGACAAAAAUUAAAAGAAAAAUUACUCGAGUCUUGUACAAUUAUACCAGAUGCUGGUGUAGGUGCAGUUAUGAGCAAAGUUGAUUUCGUAGUGAUGGGUGCAUAUUGUGUUACUGAACACGGUGGACUUGUGCAUUCCACUGGAUCGCUGCAAAUUGCAACUGUUGCAUCUGCUAUGAAUGUUCCUUUUUACGUUCUUUGUGAAACAUUUAAAUUUGCACGUAUUUUCCCACUAAGUACUACAGAUCUCAAACAACCAGAAGGUAGUGGUGAUGUCCCUCUCGUGGAAUUUGUUCCUCCAUCUAUGAUUACACUUGUUUUUUCCGAAAAAGGAAUUAUGCCACCUUCUGCAGUAACUGAUGAAAUGUUUAGGUUUCAUACUGCCAGGUUCGCACCAGGGAAACGUAAGUAA